AAGAUAGUUGGUGGUUUACAAGCUCAAGAGUGUCAAUAUCCGUGGCAGGUUCAUGUAAAGGCCGGAGGUUUUAACUGUGGUGGAACUUUAAUAGAUUAUCAGCAUGUAAUAACAGCAGCUCAUUGUUUACAUAAGAAUAUUCUACAGUUCUGCGGUAAUGCAGUCAUUCUGUCUAUAUUCUCAAUUUCCUUAUUGACAUUACAUUACGCAAGUAACAAAAUUCCACGGUCAUUUGUAAUGCAGCCAUUCUGUCUAUCUUUCCCAUUUUCAUGUCGCGAUAUUGCUGUAUUAACACUUCAGACGAAACUACCUGAGACAAAUAAUUGUAUCAAGCCAGCAUGUAUGCCAUCUUUAACACUGAAUGUUGCAGUUGGGACACCAUGUCUUGUGACUGGUUGGGGGGCAUUGGAAGAGUCUGGUAGUUUCCCUGAUGUUCUGCAAGAAUCUGUAGUACCAAUAAUGGACAGCAGUGUGUGUCGUGAUGCUUACGGAACAACAAUGAUGGAUGAUAAGAAAUUAUGUGCUGGAUAUUCAACUGGUGGUGUGGAUGCUUGUCAGGGUGAUUCUGGAGGUCCAUUGAUGUGUGCUGAUGGUGCGUCAUGGGUUCUGGCUGGUGUUGUAUCGUUCGGUUUAGGCUGUGCACGUCCUGGUUUUCCCGGUGUUUAUUCGCAUGUAUCCAAUUUACAGAAUUGGGUAGAAACUAUAAUCAAUUAA